GGCCCCGCCCGUCCGGCCCCGCCCCCCCGCCGGCCCGUGAGGGGAGGCUCCGCCCCCAGCCCCGCCACGUCUCUCUCGGGCGCCGCUCCCGCUCCCGCUCCCGGUGCUGCUCGCGGUCCCGCCCCGCCGGGCCAUGGCGUUCACGCUCUACUCGCUGCUGCAGGCCUCGCUCCUCAUCGUCAAUGCCGUGGCCGUGCUGCACGAGGAGCGCUUCCUCCGCCACGUUGGCUGGGGAAGCGACCAAGGGAUUGGAGGAUUUGGAGAGGAACCAGGAAUUAAAGCACAGCUGACAAACCUCAUUCGAUCAAUACGAACCGUUAUGAGAGUGCCAUUAAUAGCCCUGAACUCCAUCACGAUCAUUCUCCUCCUGCUGUUUGGCUGAAGACACCCUGUAGAAAUCCUUUGGACAUCCAAAGAAGCCAGUUGCUGACCACCACUGCUCCGAGUUCCCUGGGAUCCAGCACGGUUUAGCUGUCAAUCUGACAUUCAACUUAAAAUAAUAAAAGACACUGUUUCUAUUUAUCCCAUUUCCUAAUGUUCCCUUGCAGUUUCAUUAAGCAGGAUCACGGGAUCAAUGCAACAACGCUGCAAACACAUUGGACUGUGACCAGUUCUGUUGCUGCCUGUUCAUAGUGUUGAUGAAUUAUUAGAGUAAACGUCAUAGGAUGUCGCAGUGACUGGCAAUGGGAUGCAGCUUUUAAAUGCUUCGUUACUCAGGGAUGAAUUUCCUUCAGUACGCUCUCCAAUUUGUUUUUAAAUUGAGGAAAACCACAACGUGUUUGUUUUCGUGUCAGUUACUACCACGGAACUAUUUAAGAGAAUAUGAAUUGGGCUCUGAAACUGUGUUACAAAGAAUACUUGUUAUAAAGGAUUGAAGUUCAGCUGUGAUAUGGAGGGAGAUAAAAUCAGCUGGGUAAAGUCCUGGUUCAGAUUAACAUUGAAACCUGAAUUUUUCCUGCUUUGAUUGGGGAUUUUUGUCUUCAAAUCAGUAUUUCAUACUGAUGGUAAAGUCAGUUGAAAAUUGGUGCAAUUGCAGUGCAAAAUUUAAAAAAUAAAAUUAAAAAAUAAGAAAAAAAAAAAAAGCUGUAUCUAAAGCUAGGUAACUCUGUGUUAACUUUGGGGAUAUUAGUGAUUAAUAUUUGUUACUCUUCUGUCAAGAAUUGUUAUUAUACUUUUUAAAAUAUGUAUUAAACUUCUGCGUGGUGAUCA